CGAUUAUGGAAAAGCAUAUGGAGUGUGGAUCAGGAAGAUGCAUGAGUAUUCAGGCGAUGCAAGCUCUUUUUGAGUUAAAAGAAAACAAUCAACUUUGCGAUGCGACCAUAGUUUUAGAUGACGGAGCGGAAAUUCCAGUACAUAGAGCAAUACUCUGCGCUUGCAGUUCUUAUUUCAGACACCAGAAGAGUUAUAGUAAUAUCAUAAACCAAAUAAUGGAGAAAAUUUGUUUAUAUUCCCUUCAACAAUAUGAAUGUGUCAAACAUAACCUCUUGAGCCCUGGAAUAGAUAAAUGUCCAUUUGGCUAGCAAAGUAGGGCUCUGUUUACCACCACGCUACAUAACAGAGAGAAACACAGAGUUCAUUUGCCAGGUGUAACGUCAGAAAUGCUUCAAAAACUUUUGGUGUACAUAUAUUUAAGAAAACUGGACAUAAAUCACGAAAAUGUAUAUUCUCUACUAAUCACUGCUGAUUAUUUAAGUAUAUUGGGCGUGCUAGAACUUUGUUGUAAAUUCCUGAAAGAGAAUCUAACACCAAAAAAUUGUAUUGGUAUACUUAAAUUUGCAAAGAAUUACUUCUGUACAGAUUUAGCAAACGAUACAUGGAAAUACAUUAUGCGAAAUUUUGCUGAAAUUGCAAAUGAAAGUAACGAAAUUUUAGCUUUGUCUUUUCCUGAAAUUCAAGAGAUUAUUAAUUCGGAUGAUUUGAAUGUGAAAAGUGAAGAUAUAGUAUGGGAGUUGGUUUUAAAAUGGAUAGACCAAGAUCCUGAAGGAAGAAAGAAACAUAUUGUCGCUUUAAUGAAAUGUAUACGAUUGGGGUUAUUGGAUACACAAUUUUUUCUUGAAAGAGUGAAAGAACAUCCUUAUGUGUCCAGUUCAGAGGAGAGUAGACCAAUGAUUAUAGAAACUCUCAAAUUUCUCUAUGAUUUGGAGAUGAUAACGCACAGUCCACAUAAUAUCAGAAGCGGUAGUCAGUUCCUAAUAAUUUGGUCUCCUAGAGAUGGUGAAGUGAUUACUCCAGAAAUAGCACGUCCGAGAGUGCCGCAUGAAAUUCUUUUUGCCAUCGGAGGCUGGAGCGGAGGGUCUCCUACUAAUUUUAUUGAAACCUACGAUACAAGAGCCGAUCGUUGGGUGAAAGUUGAAGAAGUUGAUCCGACUGGACCAAGAGCCUACCAUGGAACGGCUGUGGUAGGUUUCAAAAUAUACGUCAUCGGAGGAUUUGAUGGCAUGGACUACUUCAAUUCAUGUCGAUGUUUUGACGCAGUUACAAAAUCUUGGAAAGAAAUUGCCCCUAUGCACGGCAGAAGGUGUUACGUUAGUACAGCUGUAUUGGGAGAUUUAAUUUAUGCUAUGGGAGGAUAUGAUGGACAUCAUAGGCAAAAUACUGCAGAAAAAUAUGAUCAUAAAACUAAUCAAUGGUCUCUGAUAGCUCCCAUGAAUAUGCAGAGAUCCGAUGCUAGUGCAUGUAAUUUAAACGGUAAAAUUUAUAUCACCGGAGGAUUUAACGGUCAAGAAUGUAUGCAUUCGGCAGAGGUUUAUGACCCAGAAUUUAACCAAUGGUCUUUAAUAAGCCCUAUGAGAUCCAGAAGAUCGGGUGUUUCUUGUAUGGCUUAUCAUAACCAAGUGUACGUUAUAGGUGGAUUCAAUGGUAUUUCUAGAAUGUGCAGUGGAGAAAAGUUCAAUCCGCAAACUAACACUUGGUCACCAAUACCUGAUAUGUACAAUCCGAGAAGUAAUUUUGCCGUUGAGGUAGUUGAUGACAUGAUAUUUGCGAUUGGUGGAUUCAAUGGAGUGACUACGAUAUAUCAUGUAGAAUGUUAUGAUGAAAAAACUAACGAAUGGUACGAAGCUACCGACAUGAACAUCUACAGAUCAGCUUUGUCAGCUUGUGUUAUUGAUGGCCUACCAAAUGUUCAAGAUUAUAUACAUAAACACAGGGACCGUUUGAUGGAGGAGAAACGUCAGAAAUUAAUAGCUCUGGAAAACCAACGGAACACAAUGGGCGUGCAGAACUUCAAUAACAAUAACCAUCAAGAAAAUAUAGCAGCAGCUGUAAAUGCAAAUAUGCAACAACUAAACAUUCUACAGCAGCUGAAUGCAAAUCUAAAUCCAGCUCUACCUCCAGUUCCUGUACAAAAUCCUGUACAAAAUCCCAUACAAAUGGACGUAGAUGAGGAUGAUGCAGAAGAGCAACAAUUAAUAUAAUUGAGUUUUGCUGUAAUUUCUUCAAACUAAAUUUCGGUAACGUGAAAUCUGAAUAUCAACUCGGAUCAAUUUCGAUUUGCAUCAUACUUCAAAGUAUGUCAUCAAACAGACCCAAAUCUAGCGAAAUGUAUUCAAAGUUCAGUAGAAAAACUACGACCUCUACUAAUCAAGGGAAUUCCUGAUUUGGGUAUACCCAGUAUUGAACCAUUAUCGAUACCAGAAGUUGUUAUUGAUCAAGGAACAGGUUCAGUAGCACUUCGAUCCGAAUACAAAAAUAUUAAAGUAUACGGUCCAUCAAAGUUCGUCAUCAAGG